CUAUACAAGCAAUGGACUAUCACUAGAUUUUUCUACACAAAAAUAAUCAGUUCCCAACGGAAAUGAGAAGGGCGUUGCUUAGCAAAACAAAAGCAAUGUCAUGUCUUCUUCCAAACCAAUCAUACCUGAUUUUUAAACCCGCCAUCUUCCCUUUCCACCAUUUUCUCCUUAAACCUCCAUUUUUCUCUCUCUUCACUUCCCUCUCUACCCCUUCUCUUCACUUGGGUUUGAGAAAUUAUAGUUCGAGAAAUUGGGGUUUGAGAACUCAAUUUCGCUGUUUAAGUAUGAGCUCCAGUAAAGAAUUGGAAUCAAUUUCGUAUUUAUCGCAGCAAGAAGCAGCGGGGAUUGAUGAAGAUUUAAUGGGUCCCUUGGGGUUCAGUGUUGAUCAGCUUAUGGAAUUGGCUGGUUUGAGUGUUGCUUGUGCUAUUGCUGAGGUUUUCAAGGCCUCUGAGUAUAAUCGUGUCCUUGCUAUCUGUGGCCCUGGUAAUAAUGGUGGUGAUGGACUUGUGGCCGCUCGACAUCUAUAUCACUUUGGAUAUAAGCCUGUCAUCUGCUACCCAAAACGCACUCCUAAGCCUCUAUACAGUGGCUUGGUGACUCAGCUUGAAUCACUGUCUGUCCCUUUCUUGUCGGCUGAAGAUCUGCCUUUGGACUUGUCUGAUAACUUUGACAUUAUCAUCGAUGCUAUGUUUGGGUUCUCUUUUCAUGGCACCCCAAGACCACCUUUUGAUGCUCUCAUCCAGAGGCUGGUAUCCUGCCAGAAUCAGCAUCACACUGGUCUGAAGUCAACUGUCAUUGUGUCAGUGGAUAUCCCAUCUGGGUGGCAUGUUGAAGAAGGGGAUGUCACUGGUGAAGGCAUCAAACCUGACUUGCUGGUCUCAUUAACUGCACCAAAGCUAUGUGCCAAGAAAUUUGGUGGUCCACACCACUUUGUGGGUGGAAGAUUUGUACCACCGGCUAUUCUAGAAAAAUAUAAGCUUCAUCUUCCGCCAUAUCCAGGCACUUCAAUGUGUGUACGUAUUGGAAAGCCUCUUCAAGUGGACAUUUCGUCUUUAAGAGAGAAUUAUAUAUCUCCAGCCCUACUGGAGGAGGAGGUCGAAGCUGACCCUUUUGAUCAGUUCAACAAAUGGUUCAAUGAUGCAAUUGCUGCUGGGUUGAAGGAGCCAAAUGCCAUGGCCUUAUCAACUGCUGCAAAGGAUGGAAAGCCCUCAUCACGGAUGGUUCUUCUGAAAGGAGUUGAUAAAAAUGGCUUUCUCUGGUUCACGAACUAUGAAAGUCGAAAAGCAAGGGAAUUAUCUGAGAAUCCACAUGCCGCACUUCUGUUUUACUGGGAUGGCCUUAACCGUACGGUAAGAGUAGAAGGACCCGUGGAAAAGGUUUCUGAUGCCGAAUCUGAACAAUAUUUUCAUAGCCGCCCUCGAGGGAGUCAAAUAGGAGCAAUUGUUAGCAAGCAGAGUAGCAUUGUUCCAGGGCGACAAUAUCUCCAAGAGAAGUACAAUGAACUGGAGGCAAUAUAUUCAGAUGGGGGUUUGAUUCCUAAACCAAAAUACUGGGGAGGAUACCGGCUAAAACCAGAAGUUUUUGAGUUUUGGCAGGGGCAAACUUCUCGCUUGCAUGACAGGUUGCUAUAUUCUCCAGUGGAGGUUGAUGGAAAGUGUGGGUGGAAAAUUGAUCGCUUGGCUCCAUGACUAGUUCUUGCUACGUCAGCAUUGUGAGAAUACAUAGUAUGUCCAAUAUGUCAUCUUCUAUACGUUAAGGAAAUUCAAUCACUUUGGCAGUUUCAGUUGAGCUUCUUGUUCUAGUUAGAUGCAUUGUGAUAUCAGGACAUCUUGUAUUUUCUGAUUUGCUUUAAUUUAUUGCUUUGAGUUAAUUAUAAACAAGCAUAAUCAUGUAGAGCUUAUUGGUCUUAAUAACUGUUGAAAUGCAAUAAAUAUAUUGUCUUAUCAAUAAUAUCACCUUUUGAUCUUUGCCUUACAUUCA